ACCACCACACUCGGACGCUCAUCGUACCCUCCUACCACCAGUAUCACCACACCUGGAGUUCUUUCAAUUCCUACCCCCGCACAACAGAAAAAAAAUGCCUCCUGGCACCACCACAACCGCCACUCCCAUCGACUAUAAGGAAUGUAGCUCCUCAUUCAUUUACAAACGCUACCUCCACAAACUCCCCCAUUCCGCUUUCUUCGUCGUCAAAAACCACUCGGAGUCGGCUGCUUGCAUGGCCUGCGAUGAGGCACCUUGCAUGGCAUUGAACCAAUGCACUAAAUGCGACCUCCAACUAUGCAGUGCCUGCGCCUUCAUCCUCGUCCAUGGUAACUGCCGCGGGAACCUGAAGAGGUUGAUUGCCCAAGUUGCAAGAUGGAAGUUGGGGUAUUCCGUCGAGUUCUUGGAACGUGAGGCUCGGGAGGAGCGCGCGAGUAGGAUGAAGGAGUUGGAGCGUAGCGGUGGGGCAGAUGGGAAUGACGAUGACGAUGAUCAGAAGGAGAAAGGAGGGGUACGUGAGGCGAAGGGAGAGGAAGAGCUGAGGGCGGCGGGGCAUUACAUGCGUGCUGCGAAUGACGGGAGGCUUUGGAAGGACUCGGACAGCGCUUCGGAGAGUUCUACUGAUGAGGAGAGCCUGGACCUUAGUCAGGGCACUAUGGAGGACUCGUUUGAAACAGCGUUGCAGCAGUGGAGUGCUCUUGAUGGAGGAGGUUAUGAGAGGAAUGAGGUAUGAAGCUCCCAGACGCUGUCUCUGCUUUGAUUCUGUGACCUCAGUCUCUUACAAAAGUUACCUUUUCCUUUUUUCUUUCCUCUUCUUUUUUUCUUUUUUUUUUCAAAAAAAAAAAAGUCUAACUAAAAGAUUUGAUAGAAUUACACUGAUGACGUGGGAAUCCUUGAAACCCUUGACUAAGCCGGAAAGGAGGAAGAGGAGGGGGACUAGUUCCCACAUACUUGGCCCCCAAAAAUUCGGGGCAAUCAUACUUCCUCUUUCCAGUUUUCUCUUCCCACUCGCCUGGGUUGAAAGGAUACAUGUCUCUUCACUCCCUUUUCUUUUUUUCCUCUUUAUUCCUCCACAAUAUACUUUGUAAUUAAGCGUGACACUGAGUGGUGCAUUUACUAGUUGCGGUUUGUAUCUUGGGUUCUAAAAUGGGAAACUUCUGUUAAUGGGAUCGGAGGCUGGGUUGCUAACGGGUUGCGGCAUCACAGCAUCAUCCCAUUUUGUAAUAUUAAGGCUUUCAACUUUUAGUCUAGCGAAACGCUUGGCCCCCGAGCUUGUGCUCUUGCGGGGGCCUUUUGCGAACCAGAAUUUUAGUGCUGUGGAGAAUUCUUACAAAGAAUUGGUGUGUGUAAAGAACUAAGCGAUAAACCGCAAUUCCACCCAUUGCAAGCAACGGUGCUCGUACCUACA